UGGGGGGGGGGAGUGCCUGGCAGUUACCAGAAGCUGGUAACUGGACAGCUCGGAGACGGAGUUAUGAGAUGACAGUAAUUGGCAGAGAAUAUGAGAGAAACUGGCAAAUUACAGUUCCCUUAUGAAACACGAAGUUGAAGUAUUUAAAAAUAUUUCUUGAAAUACACAGUUGUUCACAUUCAAAAUGAUACAAGACAAAGUGGUGGUCUUGGGGAGUUAGGAUUAAAUUAUAUACCAUUACUGUACCAAUCUGAAGGUAGGACGAACUAGUGGUUCGCCAUGCAGAAAGGUUAGCGUGGGAAGAAGCCAGGAAGAGAAAUGCCCAAACUUCAGCCAUUUGGGCAACUCUUCCUGCCCACUCGUCCAUUCAUUCAUUAGUUUAAAAACACAAUAUCAGAAUGGCACCGAAUUCUGAGCGAGUUUCAUUUAUCCCUGAGUGCCGAAUUGAAAAGAAAAAAACAAAACUCCAACGCACAAAGUAGACACAGACAAUAUUUUCUGCCGGCUCACCUCUAUCGACAACACGGGCACCAUCUAGCAGAUGACCAUUCCCAGCUGCCUUAAAUAUUUUUCUCCCCGAUGCCUGGUGAUCAAUAAGGGGUGUUGUUGGCCGUCAGACCAACCGCUGCCCUUAACUCUAAACUGUCCAAAGACCCGGCCUUAACCACGGAAACGCAAGAGGGCACCGUUCUUGAGAGAUAUGCGGGAAUAUCGUUCCAGCUCAGCUCCAUUCCCACCCAUUCAUCUGCCGGACUUUAUAUAAAGGUACCGCAGCAGGAACUUAAAAGUACAGGGUUUGAUUAGGACCCUCGUGACAAAAUACUAGUGUGAGUGUGUAAACACACACAGUCUUUCUCUCUCUCUCACACACACACACAAGCCAUUCAGUUCAUUAGGAUCCUUUAUGGAGGGAGACACGAAACCAUUUUUCUCCAUCCGUCCCCAGGAGGUGGCUUAAAGUUCUUAUUUUUUUAAGACGCUCCAUAAUGAACAGCCCUAUAACCCUCUCCAAAAGUAUACCAAGAUCGGUCGAACUUUUUAAUCUAGCGUUCCUCUUCUUCGUACAUAUGCUUCUGUAUUAAUUUAUAGCUCCCCUCCCCCUCCCCACCAUAUUCCUGUAAAAACCAAAAGGGUGGGGGGUGGGGGAUAAUAACCUCUUCCCCCAACCAAAACACGCUGGAAAUUACCAAACUUUUCCAGAUGAAACGAAUUCCUUUUUUAAAUUUCCUUUUCCCUCGUGUCCACGACAGCAGCAAUGAUAGGAUCAGUUCUCAUUUGUUUUAUUCUUCUUGUCUUUCCACCCUCUUCCUCCUCCUCUUCCUCCUCCUCCUGCAUUUAUUUAUUUAUUUUCUUCUUUAAAAGAAAAAGAAAACAACAGCCAAAGGAAAGUCCAAUUUUUUUAAUCGAUUUAUCUCUUCCUCCUCCCCCCCCAUCAUUAGUAUGUGGUUAAGAGGGAGGGUGUCUAUCUGUGUUAUGUGGGGGUGGAGGGGGCGCGCGUAUCUGUUGUUCAAAAGUGAUGGUGUUGGUGGCAGAGAUGCUUUCGCUGGUUUGUUCUAGGGGGGUCCCCUGUGCAAAGCUAACCCCUCUAGGGUGCGAUUUCGCAGUCUUCGACUUCUGCUAUUGGUCAGCGCGUGAUCAGAUGGUUCUCUUUCCUUAUGUCCCUGGUUGGCACGCGGCCAUCCCCCUUCAGCUAAAACCCAAUCUCCCAUAUACUGCUAAUAGCUAAACCGCUUGGACUAUAAAACGCAACAAAUCAUAAAGACCAAGGGAAAGAACAGACGCUGUUCCUCUGCUUUAUUAUUAUUAUUAUUAUUAUUAUUAUUAUUAUUAUUAUUAUUAUUUCCAAUGAGUUCUUAUUUUGUCAACUCUACUUUUCCGGUGAGCUUAGCCGGGGGUCAAGAACCGUUUCUGGGACAGCUCCCCUUAUAUUCCACGGGGUAUGCGGACCCUUUAAGGCACUACCCUGCCACUUAUGGAACUGGGGGUGGGGGGGUCCCGGAUAAAGGUUACCCGGGCGCGCCUUACUACCAGCAAGCCAACGGAGCUUACAACCGGAGCCCAGCCUGCGAUUACGGGACAUCUGGUUUUUACAGAGAGAAAGAGACAGCCUGUUCUCUUUCGAGUUUAGAGGACCCUGUUCCGUUCGGCCAGGAGCAAGUCCGGAAGUCAGAUUGCUCCCAGAACAAACACGCUUUCGGGGAGAGCGAAGACCAGAAGUGUUCCACGCCGGUGUACCCCUGGAUGCAGAGGAUGAACUCCUGCAACAGUUCCUCUUUCGGGCCGAGUGGCAGGCGAGGGAGACAGACCUACACUCGUUACCAGACCCUGGAGCUGGAGAAAGAAUUCCACUUUAACCGUUACCUGACCAGGCGCCGCCGGAUCGAAAUCGCCCACGCGCUCUGCCUGACGGAACGCCAGAUCAAGAUCUGGUUCCAGAACCGAAGGAUGAAGUGGAAAAAGGAAAACAAGCUACUCAACUCCACUCAGCUGAGUGCCGAGGAAGAAGAGGAAAAAACAACGGAAUGAGAGAGAGAUUGCAGAGGAAGGAGGGAGAGAGAAGGAAGACAGCGAAAAUGCCAAGGGUUGUGAGGGGCUCCCAAAAGGGCAAAAAUAAAAGGCACAGCGGAGACACACACAUAUUUUUUUUUGUAAAAUACCCGAGACUGUAUGGAGGUGUUGGCCCAUCUUCCUCAUGCACCCUCUCUCGCAUCCAGUAAUCUGUCGUGUCAUAAUCAAGAUUCUAGUCCAGUUUAUUUCCCUAUUCUUUCUAUUGGCCCUUCCUCUUCCCCGCCCCCGCACCACAAACGGAUUUUUUUUUUAGGGUGUCCUUCUUAGGAUUCUUGCUAACUCUUGUAUUUAAAUGGAGGUGCUGCAAUAUAUGUGUCAGAUUUUUGGGGUUGUUGAUUGUCUUCAUUUUGUAAAACAAAAGUCUCAUGCACGAUUUUACUUAUAUGUUGCUUUUUAAAAAAGGAAAAGCGUUAAAUUAGGUUCUUUGACAUUUAAGGGUUGCUGUUGCUUUUUUUUUUAAGAAAAGAUCUAUUGAAAAGGAACAAUUGCUACCUAAAAAAAUAUGGUGAAAUAAAAAAAAUAGGAGGGGUGUUUUUGUUUGUUUUAUUUUAUUAUAUUUUUUUGUACAGUGUUGUGUUUGUAGUUUGUGUUAGUUAUGGAGAUGGACGUUCUCUAAUAAACAGCAAACAAACAUGUUGAGAAAAACA